GCGAGGUCAAUAAUCCCAGUUUUAUGAUCAGGCUCUUGAGAACCGAACAAUCCUACUGCCUCUACAAUUCUGUCAUAUGAAGUGUUAUCAGCGGGAAGACACGCACCGAAAUAGAGAUUCCCAAACAAAUAAAGGGUAUAUAACUGCCGUGCUGCGCUUUCAUAUCGAACAUCUUCUUCUUGUGUAUCAACAACACAAGCCAAACGUCUAAAACAGACACAUAUCAUCUUUUCCCAUACCAGUUACUCUUCAGAUUAGUAGCAAUCAUGAAGACACUCUUUUUCAUUCCACUUCUACUCAUCAGUAGUGUAACUGCUCUCACAUUACCUACUGAGGAAACUCGACGAGACACCUCUACCUAUUACUUUAUCGGUGAAAACGAGCUCGGCACCGUUUAUUCCACCAUCAAACCCACCGAGAAACGACAAGAUUCUGAAUGGUACGCAAUCAGCACCAACGAACACGGAACCGUAUAUUCCAGCAUCAAACCUUCAUCCGUGAAGCGCGAUGAAUCUGGAGUAUCCAGUCUAGCCGACUACCAAGAUUGGAUGGCCAAGCAAGCCCUGACUUCUCGAGAACUAUCUGAAGUAGAAAAACGCCUCACAAAUUACGAGGCAUUGUACAAUUGCAUGGCGCUUUGUGGAACGAGACUUGCGGCUGCUACCGGUGAUACAAUGAGCUAUCGUGUUCAAUAUUGUCUUCAACAAUGCGGCCUUCAAAUGGUUAUUUCUUACUACAGUAGAGCGAAAUAUAUGGAUCAAUACCCAGACUCCUUUCCUCCCGCCGAUAACUUGGCAGGUUGAGAUUUGGAGUGCCAUCAUCGUUUCUAUCUCGCUAGUCACUUGAUAGACGGAUGAUAGAUGAAUAUUUUUGUGGGCUGAUGGAAGUUUGUUUUGGUCGGGGUUUAUUUUUCUCGUAUUUUGGUCUUUCCUUCAUAUUUCUUUGAUGUUAUUUGGAUUUAUCAGUAGUAUAGAUCGGAAAAAUUUGUUUUUGUUAUUUGGGUAUUUGCAUUAUUCUCAACUGUUGCGAAGAACACAGAUCAGUAGCUGAAUGGA